AUGAAAACAAAAAUCUCUAUUAUUGGGUCUGCUAGAGAACCUUUAUUAAAAAAACAGCAUUAUAGUUAUAUGUACGACACAUUUAAGAAAUUUUUAAAAGAUAAUAAUAUUAAUAGCAACGAUAUUAUUUUAGUAAGUGGUGGUGCCGCAUGGUCAGAUCAUGUAGCAAUUAAAGCAUUUUUAAAUAAUUUAGGAAGUGAAUUAAUAAUAUAUUUACCAUGUGAACUAAUCAAAGUUUCAUCUUUAUCAACCAAUUCCCUAGAUAAUGACGGUGAAAGUUCAAACUAUCAAUUUAAAGAUAAUGGAAAUAAAGAUUGGGACUAUAAUCCAGGUGCAUCAUUAAAUUAUUAUCAUAGGAUAUUUAGCAAGGAGGUGGGGGUCAACAAUUCGAUUAAUGAAAUUAUUAAAGCAAAAGAAAAGGGCGCAACUAUAGACACUACAUCGAAUGGAUUUCUAGAGAGAAAUGACCGGGUUUCAGAUUCAGAUAUUAUCAUAGCAUUCACCUUUUCAAAAGAAAGUGAACCUAAAAAGGGUAGUGGCACCAGCUACACAUGGGAAAAAAGUAAAUCAAAAUUUAAAUAUCACUUUACAUUAAAUUAA